AUGUUGACGACUGCCGCUACUUCUGCCUCGACCAGUUCGGACCCGAAUGGAGCACCGGGCAGUAGCUACCGAGGGUAUAAAGUGUUGAUGGAAAAAUACGAUGGCCUGACGAAUUACAUUCCUUCCAAUAUGGACGAUCCCAUCGUUUUAAACGUUGGAGGGAAACGCUUCGAGACUUACGAAGAAACGCUUGCAAGAUUCCCCGACACUUUGCUCGGCUCCAAGAGUCGGAGGUCUAAAUUUUACAACAGCAGACGGCAGGAAUACUUUUUCGAUAGACAUCGCUCGGCAUUUGACGCAAUUCUUUAUUAUUAUCAAUCCGGUGGAACUCUUAUAAGGCCAGAGCAUGUUCCCCCGCAUGUAUUCAUAAACGAAGUUGUCUUUUAUGAUCUGCCAGAGGAAGCUGUUCAAGUUGUUCAACUUGAGGCAGGCAUAGCAGACGAGCCCGAAGAACAACCGAUGCCAAGUAAUUACUACAUGGGAAUCAUUUGGAACGCGUUGGAAUACCCAAACUCGUCGAAAGUGGCCAAAUUUUUAGCCAUUUUUUCUGUGUUAGUAAUCACUCUGUCUUUAAUAAUUUUCUGCGUCGAGACUUUGCCAACUUUUAAAGCGCCAAACCAAGAUCGACCGCCAAAUGCUACAAAUGAAUGGAAACCACCUCCAAACCCUUAUGAUGCAGUGUGGUUCCAACUUAAUACGUUUGUCAUCGUAUGGUUCACAGGAGAGUAUGUUAUUCGCUUCAUUUGCUCCCCGCAAAAAUUGAAAUUUUUACUGGGUGCUUUGAACCUCAUUGAUUUAUUAUCCAUUUUGCCUUACUAUGUACAACUCGGACUUAAAGAAGAUGACUCUUCCAUCUCCGUGCUGCGCGUAGUGCGUGUGGUGCGCGUGUUUCGAGUGUUUAAACUCUCGCGUCACUCGCGCGGGCUUCAAAUAUUGGGAAACACGCUGAAAGCGAGUUUGAAUGAGCUGAUUAUGUUAAUGUUCUUCUUAGCAAUUGGCGUUAUGAUAUUUGCAAGUUGCGUCUACUACGCCGAAGGAGGGCCUGAAAGUGAUGGUUUUCAGAGCAUUCCACACGCUUUCUGGUGGGCAGUUGUCACUAUGACCACUGUGGGGUACGGAGAUGUGUCCCCCGUCAGUUUACCAGGCAAGAUCGUGGGUGCCCUGUGCGCUAUCUCAGGUAAGCCGACAUAAUGCAAUAACUGACCUGUCUCUAAAUAACGUUUCUUGACAUUCAUUCUUGCUCUUAAAUGGCUUACCUGUCAGUCACACUGAUGGAAUGUCAAAGCCCUUCAAAUUUCAUAUAUUUUGUUACUUUGUUGAGAAUGUUUGUUAAGCGUGCAGCUUGCGUGUUCGUGAAAGAUCGCGCGAAUGGAAUUGAUAGCGUUAUCAUUUGUGUUUCGGCUUUAAGUUAGUUCAUAUCACACUGCCUUAGAAUUCAGAUCGCGGUAUCUCCGUUAACGCGCUUAUCUGAUGGAUCCAUUCGAGAACAAUAAUGAAAUCAACUGUUGAACAUGGCUGAAUGAAUAACUAUAGUAGGACGUUAUCACUUAGAUUGAAAACUACAACGCUGAAGUUAUUGAUUUAUAAGCGAGGCUCUCUUAUCUCAAUCGACUUUCUGUUGAAUACCUAAGGUGAAACAAUUUGUGGUUGAAAGAGGGUGAUAUCUUGUGCCAAGAAAAGAUAAACGCACUGCCUCCACGAAAUAAGAAAUGAUGACAAACAUUAUUUGCGAUUCUCUCGAGUGAUUCUCGCGUGGACAUGGCCCGCACGUCCUGUUCACGUGCUGAUUCGCGAGAAAAACACUUGAUUACCUUCUGCCAUUAUUCCCAACUUGAGGGAAUGAGUAAUUUAUUAUGUGGGAUCCAAAUACAAUAACUUUGUUUUGAAAUGUUGGCAAGGAAUUAUUUUUGCUUGAAAGGAAAGGCCAUUAAAUGUUGUAAAGCAAACAAAUGCACUUUGCUGAAUUUUGGUCUUUUCAUUAAAAUCAGGAAUUUUUAUCGGCAAACUUGCUCGCUUCCGUUCAAAAUUUGUUGAGUUUUGUCAUGUAUGAUUGAACACUGAAAUUUCUUGUUAAAUAUUAAUUGGCUUUGGAACGCUGAAGUUGAUAACAUCAAAGAGGUGUUGCUUUCACAUCGUUCAUUCUUUAGCGGUGAAAGUCAAAUUUUCAAUUUAUGCCAAACGUUAGUCUUAACGAAAUCACGAUAAUUCAGAGAUAGCAGCGCAAAUGAGUUGAAUUUAAAAUCUAGUGCUCCUAACGGAGUAAAAUAAAUUAGAUUAGAGUUGUGAGUUGACGCUGCAAGAAGCUUGUCAGCUUUGAAAUAUUUAUAAGUACCUGAAGUUCGAAAAGAGAAUGAGAUAAAAAGCUUGCAUUGUAAAUUAUAGAGGCCCGAGCUUUACGGCUUUUUCACUCAGUGCAUGUAAGAAAAAUUUUGGGCCUGAUAAAAAUCGAGUUCGAUCGAAAAAUUUUGGAGUAAAAUCGUUGUCGGACUGAAGUCACUCUAGUUAUUGUAAACUAAAAUACAUAGAUGUAUUCAUAAUGCCUCAUCCUUUUAUUGGGUGAUGUGAGAGAAUAAAGCGUGUGAUUAUAUGUGGCAGUUAUACUUUAAAUUCAUUUAAAAGAAUUAAGGGUGCGCUGUAAAAUUUACGGGAUUCAGACUUGCUUAGAACUCAAGAACCUCUUAAAAUUAACAAUUGUCAUACGAAGUAAUAGAGUUAAAAACCAAACGACAACAUGUUGGACCUGCCGCUGAGGGUUUUAAAAAUUCAAAACUUGCCACACGCACUCGAGGUGCGAGAAGUGAAAAGGAAAACUUGAUUCGACGUAAUUUUGUUCAGGAGGCGUACAGCUAUCAUAUAGAAUGUAUAUUAAAGCGACAAACAUUCGGUGGUUACCGCACAAAUGUCAAAAAUCUUAUUUCAUGUUGUCGACGAGCUGGAAAGGGUUGAAACUCAGCAGGGUAUUGACCUAAAGAAAACAUAUUUCUUAAAAACACACCCGGCAUGUGCUAUUGAUAGAAAGGAAGAACUAAAAACAGCGCGUGGUAUUACCAAUAAAAACUUGAAAUGAGAUUCGUUUUCAGGGAAACGUUUACUGCAUUCAUAUUCAAAGCAAAACUCAUUUAGACAGGCAAAUGAAUUUAUGAAUUUAGUUCGUUAAAAUACAGGGUAAAGCGGGGGAAUUUUAACAACCUCCCACGCAACUAAAAGAUUUAAUUUUAGUCAAAAAUAAAUCUAUCAACGAAACUACUGUCAAUGCUCAGUAGAAAGGUUAAGUUUGUUUUAUUAAUCAGCUGAUGUAUCGUGAGGAUUCAAAGCACCUGUUAGUUCGUUUCGCUCUGUUUUCAGUUCUCGAAAAAUCGAAUUAUUUUCAAUAGAUUGAAGACAACGCUUGCCGCGCUUCAAACCCUAUCGAAACUGCAAUUUGCUACAAUAAGCAAGAAAAAUAGAUGUCCAACCUGUUAAAAUCUCUUGAAGAUGCGUUUAGUCUUAAGUCAGUUCAUCUUGAAUUCUCUUGAGUAAAAAAAAAGAUUCACUUCUUCUUGCUUUAUAAUACUUAAACGUGGUAUUCUCGUUUUAAAAUGAAAGCAGGAACACCGUUUACAUGGUUGAAAUUCUGUAAUGCUUAAGUUAUGUCACUGUAUAUUUCAGCGAUUUAUUGGGAUUAAGUUCGGUAAUUUCACAUAGUUUCUUCGCCAACGCGUGGACAAAAUAUUCUGUAUUUUAAAUUUUGGUAAUUUUCCACUUUCUUUCGUAGUUUUUGAAAACUUUUACCGAUCUUCUCUCGCAUACUUGUACUUCGGCAAUAUCUCCGCCAUUUUGAAAUCAUGUAAUCUUGUAUGGCUUCUGUACUUCAUACAUUUGCAAAGAAAGUCGUUCUUACAGUUUAUCGUUUAGCUUAAUUAAAAUUUUGUCUUGAUGAAGGAGUACCUUUAUUUAUUUUCCACGAGGAAAGAAACUCAUUGAAAAUUUAGUGGAAUACGCAAUUUGAAAGAGCUUAUCCAUAAGGAAAACUCUAAACCCUUAAAAUCUUAUCUGUUUUGCCAAAUUUCGUUCCUUCAGUCUUUUAGUGCUUCAGAUCUCCGUUCUGUUAGUUUAAUCCGUACACGUUUGCACUGCAGGCGAGAAUUUCAAAGAAAUCCUCUCGUUUCCUCGUCUCACUAAUUAAUAUUCACAGUUUGAAAACUCAGACUGUCUUUGAAGAACUAUCGUCUGCCUUUCAUGGUACAUGUUCUUCUAUAGCCGGAAAGACAUGCAAGUGGUACUUUUAUUGCCACAGGAGUUACUUAUCGAGGCAAAUGUUGUUGGGAAUAGAGAGAAAUAUUGUAAAUAUAGCAGUUGCGAGGGCAGCUGUGAGAUUUGAUUUUUUACUUAAAAGCUGAAGACUGGAGUAAUCGAGGAUUAGUGAAACAACAGUAUUUUAUUGUCAAAGGCUUUGUUUUCACAAAAUGCGGUAACAUAAAUGGCCACCCAUGUACUUUGUACUUGAAUAUCACCCGCUUUCGUUGAUAAUUUUCACUCAGCAACUUGUCAAUAAAGAUAGAAUUAAAGCAAUUACGUCUGAGAAUCGAAAGUAAUCAAGGAAUGCAAUGGCUUUUCUUCACUACGCACUGUGAUUGGUGAAGAUAACUUGCUUUGCCCUUAAACCAAUCAGAUUCGAGCUUUUAACCGAGUUUUCUUACACUGUGUACAGUGUGCUUGUUUUUACUCUAGUUCUCAUUGGCUUCUUGUGGCUUUGUUUUUAUUGGUUUCCGUAAUUAGUUUUUUUUUUAUAUUUUUGACCGUCAAUGGAACUACUCUGCAACUGCGAGCACACUUAAGAGGAACUAGCUAAAAGUUCACCAAAGUUGUGGAACUGUAAGGAAUGAGUAAUCGCUAGUUGCAGCUUAGGAUCUUAUUUAAAUUACAUUUUACGUUCAGCUUCUAAUGUGUUUUUUUUUCGAUAGAGCAAUUUUCAACCGAGUGUCGAAAGUAAUGCCUGAUUGCUUUAGUUUUGCUUUACUUCGCUCUGUGAUCGGUCAGAAAACUCGCGCUGCUCUUUUCAACCAGACAGAUGCAAAACUACCAUCAAUUACGACAUGGUCGCCCGCGUUUUCCUGCGGGUUUUCCCGUGAGUUUACUUUAAGUUACCAUUUGGCUCUUCAAUGUAUCUUCCUGUCCUCAGAUUGAUUUGACGUCACUCAAUCGAAAAGCGCCUUAUCAUGAUAUGUGAAUCUCUUGAUGGAUGAUUUACAUUCAACGCUUGUUGUGGUGGAUAUUUCCCACGUGAACAGUUUUAGCUAAAAACAUCAGAGCUUUACCUUACAUUUUAUCUUACUUCUCAGGGGUGCUAACUAUUGCCCUGCCUGUACCUGUAAUCGUGUCCAACUUCGAGAACUUUUACAACAAAGAGAUGAACCGACGAAAGGAAGAGGAACUCAAAAAGGCUGAAGAAGCUCGAGAAAAGGGAGAGGCUAAAAAGUCCGGUCUGAACAGCAGAAAGCAAUCCAUGGAACUCGAAAACAUGGAUGGUAAGACUCCCACGUCACCCAAAGAUGUAGUGGUUUGUAGCGUGAACAACAAAGACGAAAAUUCGACCGAUAAGACUCAUCCAACACGGAGGUCAGUUGAGACUGUGUGACGAACUGUAUCACGUGAUGCAUGUCACGUAAUGCACAAUGUGUCACGCUGAAUUUCACAUUUGAGAACAUGGAAAGACUUUUAUUCAAUGAUAUAUUAAUCCUAUUACCUGCAAGAUAAACUGCUCAAAGCAAGAGUGGAUUUCAACCUUUUAUCCCUCAAAUUGAAGAGGGGGUUGUUUCCUUUAGGAACAGCUGGCGUCGAACAUAUGAAUUGGAAGGAAACUAAGGGGAAAGAUUAUCUGUAUUCACAGCAAAUCAGAAACCAAAUAAGGAAAAGCUAUUACGCCAAAUAUUCGAUGCUCUUAGUUCAAUAUUAUGCAUAAAUGUAGACCGGGAGUAGAUUAUACGGCAUAGGCGUCGAGGAAAAUCUGAGGAAAUUUGGUCAUCCGCUUAAUCAAGCUUGAAAACACAAUAUGAACGCACAAGUAGUGGCUGUAGUAUCCGCAAUGUACCAAUUCAGUCACAAGAAAGGAAAUUUGGACCUAGCAUUCUGAGCACUCGCCUACUGUUAGUAAAUACACCCAAACUUCUAUGCCGCCUGGGAAUAGCCUCUCGACUUUUUAUCACCAACGGCCCGAUCCAUAAAUUUGUUCCAAGUUUUAGAGGAUUCUUCGAACGAUUACAGUUGUGCACUGUAAAGUAGAUAUAACAUGCCUUUAGCAUUAUUCACCCUUCUGGUUCCCACCGGUUAAAUGUGGCAAACUGUGGUAUUAACGAAGAAGAAACUUUCUAAAUCUCGGUGGAGAUGGACUUAAAACCAGUUUUUGAAACUGCAAGGUCGUUACACGAAGGAGUCACUAGCACUGUGCUGAGAACACAAUCUCGAAAAACAGAGCAACACGAUUUUGUCCAGCUUCUCGUUGAAGGCAUCUAGCAUGUUAAAAUCUUGAGGUACACGCAGCAACGUUUGUCUUCGGGUUCUGCACCUGGGUCUAAUGGGGAAACAAGUCCUCUUAGACACUCUUAGUGAAGUUUAUAGAAGUGGAAAUGUGGCCAGUUGAGAUUCUUGGUGAAAGUGUGUACCUGUCUAUCGAUGAACAUCUAACUAAUGCUUGAGAAACAAGGAAAUUAGCUGAAAUAAUAAGAGUACCCACAAAAGAACGGGGAACGCUGAGUUUGAAGCUGAGGAACAAGACGUCAGUUAGAAUUCUAGGUUCUAAGGCGGUAAAGGACGAGGACGGUAAAUUGGAGAAAAAUAACGAAAAUCCAAUCUUCCUAUCUCAGGAACAUGAAUAAGUGGUGAGGAGAAACAUCUCGUAGCUAAUAGUCCUUCUUUGAUCAAUUAUCAACGAUAAAACUGAUUCAAACCAGGUCUCAAAAGACCUGUUUAACCCAUUUUAUAAACUUGAAUAUAUGAUUCGACAUUUUUUAUUCCUGUAGAGAGAGCGGCAGCUCAAUAUGUGCUCAUUAACAGUCUCUAAUGCAGCAGGCAGUAAAAAGAGAUGUUUUCAAAAUCGGUGUUUUUAUUAGCACACAAUUUUUGGUAUUUUAGCCUCGUACCAUUUAAAUUAUCAAUUGAUAUCUUUAUUUAGCUACAUAUCCCUUUUAUUCAGGGGUAAAUUUCAACUGAAUCCCUUACAACUUUGCUUUCUUAGCAAUAUUGCUUCAAAUAACACAAUAUGAUAAAGGUGUAAAGCCCAUAAUUGUAUACUUGUGCUGCUCAAUAAUGAGCUAUAGCAUUUGGUAGAGUAACUUAAUAUAAAAAUUUAAAGAAAGUUUCUCAUUGAGCAUGAAAUACACAUUCAAAUUUAGAUUUUUUUUUUGGAUAUAUUUUUUAACACUACAGAAUAACUCGAACUGUUUUUUGGUAAAUUUUUUAGUUAAUAAUUUCGUUUUUAAACGAUUGAUUGACAAUUGUCAGUGAAUAAGCUUGGCUUGUCAUUCAGAUAUUGGCGAGAAGGGCAAAAACAUUGUAAUAUGUCAGUAUGAAUAACACUGAAGUUAUGAUGAUUACAAGGAAAUCUCUGCGGCUUAUUUGUGUGGAUAAAAAAAGAAAGGGCCUUCACUAAAACUGACUUGAGGGAAACGAGUCGCCAACUGAAUGAUGCGUGGGCUAAACUUGCGUGACAAAAGGAUAAGCUCAACUGAAUUUAUGUGGGAAGAUGUUGUCAAUAUCAGCUAGUUUUGAUCUUGCAGGAUAGUAUUUCAAACACAGUAUGAAACUACUCCCAUGUGAAAGUAAGAAGCUCACGUAAUGUAAGCAAAUGAAAAUCUCUAUCUUAUGUGGCGAUAUAAUUCGCUCUCUUGUUCAGACUGUCGUUUGUUACACACGUCAGUCUUUGGUUUAUAGUUCACUUAGUUGCUCUCUUUCCUAGUUAUAGAAAAAAAAAUUAACAGGCAUCUGCAGUUGCAUGAUAAAAAAGUUAUCUUUGCUAGUGGAAUAAAAACGAUCAUGAAGUCUUUCUCACAUUCGCAUUGGUCAGAAAAAUUGACCGUAAUACGUAUGCUUUUUUAUAAGAAAGCUAAGAAAGGAAUGUAGAGGAAUGAUUUAAAGUGGCAGCUAAUUAAAUUUCAUAACUUACACGUUGUUUUAUUACAGCUGAGACGGCAGGUUCGCCUCUUAGUGGUCUGCGGUAUGCAGUGUGCGAAUCACGACCAAGCUUAACCUUGUACUCAGGCUCCUCUCUGCCAUGUAAAAGGUAUCUGGGGGGGAGUGAUAAAGAGCCUAGGAGCAAAGUUGUCUCGAGCCUUGAUAUCGGUUAUUUUAUUAUUUCUUAUAACUUCUGUAAUAUGAGGCUUAACUUAAGGGAGCACUUUCGUUUCCAUCAGGAAGCAUGAUACUUGAAACACCGAACAAAGGUUUGAUUUACCAUGUUUCUGUUCUCAGAUAUAGUUUUGGAUUGCGAUCAUUUGUAUCGGAUGUCACUUUCCUUUGUGCACUACUAGACAACAUCAAAUGAAAGUGCUCCCUUAUGAUAAAUUUCUAAGAUCCGUUCAUUAUUUUGAGCAACUGUAUUUUUCAAGACGUGUUUAUGUCACGUUAUUUAGAAUUUUUUUUUCUUAUUUGAAACAUGCAAUUUCUUGUUAAUCUUAAACACUCGACCGAUUCUCGUCUCUCAUUGGUUAACACCGUCGCACACUGCUUAUGUCACUAUAAAGCAAGAAGUAAUUUCAAACAAUUUUUUUAAGUACAAAUUUUAUAUUGCAGUUUAAGUCGUGGGUUG